GAUCUACCCCUCCCACGUUGAAGGAAGAUUGAACCGGACUGGAAGCCCGAAGUGGAAUGAGAGUGUGAUCUGGGCUGUGUGUCAUCCCGAAAGUUUUGUGUCAUUGCAUGUUUUCUUGACAGUACCUCCGACAUAAGCGCCGUGUUUGGUCCACUCGUAAGGAGGUCGAGCUGAAAGAAUGGAGAUCGAGAGAGAAGUUAAAAAGAUGACCCUGGGUCAUGACUUUGGGGCGGGGGCUGCCUGCCUCAAGUGCAAGGAGAAGUGCGAGGGCUUCGAGCUGCACUUCUGGAGGAAGAUCUGCCGCAACUGCAAAUGUGGGCUGGCCGACCACAACGUGCACAUGGAGUCGGAGGAGAGCAAGAAGGUGGGCAGGCUGUUCGAGGACACCAAGUACACGGGGCUCAUCGCCAAGCUGAAGACGGAGGGCGUGCCCACCUACAGGGGCAACAUGGCGGCCGUCUCCACGCUCAGCCCCGCCUCCUCUUCCCUGGUGCGCCCCGCCUUCGGCGCCUCCUCCUCCUCCUCCUCCUCCUCCGCCUCCUCCCCCUCCAACGCUGCGUCCGGCCCGAUCGGCGGCCGUGCCGGUGCCGGUGCCGGUGCCGUUGCCGGGGCGGCAGCCGCCCCCCCUGGCCGGUCUGGGAAGUGCCCCGCCCCCGCCCCCCCCGCCAAGGUCACCAUCACCCCGGUGAAGGGCGUGGCCGUGCCGGUGAACGCCGGCACCUCGUCUGUGACGUACGAGUGGGCGCCCCCGGGGGCCACUAAAUACAUGGCGGUGCGCUACAUCGAGCUGCUGCCCCCGGAGAAGCGUCCGGUGAAGGGCUCAGAGGGCGCCGAGUACCGCCGGCAGCAGAUGGCGGUCCAGCUGCCGGAGCACGACCAGGACCCCGCCCUGUGCCACGAGCUCAGCCCCGCCGAGGUGGCGCUGAUGGAGCAGUACGUCCGCAAGUACAAGGACGACGCACUGGGCAUGGGCGACGUCCGGCUGCCCGAGGAGAUGGCCCUGCUGCGGGCCGGGGGGGGGGCGGGGGGGCCCGGGGGGGCAGGGGGCCCGGGAGGGCCGGGGGGAGUCGUAGGGCCGGGGGGAGCGGGAGGGUUCGGCGCUGCCGCUUCAGGGGCCGGUUCAGGACCGGCCCAUGCGGGGGCCGGGGGGGGUGCUGGCUAUGGGCCUGGGGGGCACGGGUCGUGCAGCCACUGCCAGCUGCCCAUGCGUCGUGGCGAGCCGGCGGUGUACGCUGAGCGCGCCGGCUACGACCAGCUGUGGCACCCAGCCUGCUUCGUCUGCUGCAAGUGCAGCGAGCUGCUGGUCGACAUGAUCUACUUCUGGAAGAAGGGGAAGCUGUACUGCGGCCGUCACUAUGGCGACAGCGAGAAGCCCCGCUGCGGGGGCUGUGACGAGCUGAUCUUCAGUAACGAGUACACGCAGGCCGAGGAUCAGAACUGGCACUUGAAGCACUUCUGUUGCUUUGAGUGCGACUGUGUUCUGGCCGGGGAGACCUACGUGAUGGAGAAGGGCAAGCCCGUCUGCAGACCCUGCUACAUUAACGCCUACAGCGUGCGGUGCGUCUCCUGCCAGCAGCAGCUGGAGCCCGAGGCCCAGCGUGUGUCCUACGGGGACUACCACUGGCACGGCGAGCCCCGUUGCUUCCAGUGCUCCGGCUGCGCCAAGUGUCUGAUGGGGGAGCGCUUCAUGGUCGUGCAGGACAAGCUCUUCUGCUCCGUGGAGUGCAAGAAGAAGACGCCCGCCUGAGCGGCGGCCAGGCACAAGAUACUGAACCGAGCGCAAUCAAAGAGAGUGUGUGUGUGUGUGUGUGUGUGUGUGUGUGUGUGUGUGUGUGUGUGUGUGUGUGUGUGUGUGUGUGUGUGUGUGUGUGUGUGUGUGUGUGUGUGUGUGUGUGUGGACAAGAUGUGGCAGAUGAUGAUGGUGGGAGAUCAAGGUCCCGUUCACUCUGAACAACGGCAUUGCUUGACAUCUCUGGAAUUUGCAAUUCCAAAAAUCCACCUAUAUAAACGGUGACUAGUAUUUGAGAUAGAUAAAGUCAAUAUCCAUGCAUCGCCUUUCUAAACUGCCUUCACUAGGUGGCACACUUUCCCCACGAAUAUCUCUGUAGCUUCACUCUUAGCUUCUUUUCUCUUUUUCAUUUGCUGAUGAGAUUAAUAUUGUUUGGCUUGUGAGUCAUCUCUGGCCCAGACUACUGAUUUUCUCCAGACUAACAAUACCAUUCCCAUAUGUGGUGAAGGUUCUUCAUUUGGCUGAUUUGAAAAAAGAUAUGGAUCAAUAAACUGCUGUUCAUAUUGUUCUAAUCUUACGAUAAAAAUUGUAAGUGUAUAGACUUCAGAGUCUUCAAGGCAACAUUGGAUACUAGUAAUGACCAAUUAUGACCCAAUGUUUACAACUUAAUGACAAAAUAUCAAAUUCAAUUGAUUUAAUAACACAUUUUCUACAAUUACUUUUUGAUAUACUUUCAUUGAUUUUCAAUUGUUUCCAUUUUGUAAUCGACAGAUUUUCUAUUAAAAAAACAAAUGUCUUGACAUUUUCAUCUUUCAUUUAAUCUCAGGUGACAUGGUGUAUGGUGUACCUGACAACCAUGAGCAUAACGCAUGCAACUAUAGAACAAAAGGCCAUAUUGUGUUGAACAAGCCCUAGGAAAAAUGCAUAAUGUAUCUCUUUAGCCAUAUAUUUUCCGUUCCAAUAUCGUGCAAUUUCCUAAUUAAUCAUAGCUGAUACUUUUAUCCAAGGCAACUUCGUUUGUGAAUCAUGGGCCUGCAGCAGCAAUUUACGCAGUGAUAAAAUACAGUAGUAUUAUAUUUCAUUCAAUACUAUUAUCAUUUAAACACGCUUUAUUUUUUUCUAAAGGCAGCCAAAGUCGUGGCUUUUCCUAAGGCUUACUUACUUUAUAGGCUGAAUCAUCUGUUUUUCCACCUCUCUAUGCAACUACAAACAACCACCUCCUUCCACCCCUUUGCCACCUAUAAGUGAACGUUUCUAGAUCUGCCGCUGGCUGCUGGCAACUUGCU